AUGGGCUACUCCUCCCUCACAGCGCAAGCACUCUCCGCACCACCCUACCUGGUGGCUUUCAUUGUAGUCCUCAUCACGGCAUACGUCUCGGACCGCAACCAGUCCCGCAGCUUCUACCUCAUCAUGCACGCCCUCAUCUCCUCAGCAUCCUACCUCGCCAUCGCACUAACAGGGGCCUUGCACUCCUACAUGCCCACAAGCCUGCAUACCUUCAUCCGAUACAUCUGCGUCUACCCAGCCGUGUCAGGCUUUUUCUCCGCCAUCACUCUAAUCAUCACCUGGACGAUGGACAACCGUGUCGAGAAAGAGGGCAAAGGUGCCAGCAUCGCCAUCCUCAACGUCAUCGGCCAGUGCGGGCCUCUGCUCGGCACGCAUCUGUACCCUGGUUCUGAUGGGCCAUGGUAUAUCCCCGGCAUGGCGGUGUGCUCGUUCUUCAUGGUCGUCGUCGCUGUCUUGGCUACUAUCUUGAGGAUUAUGUUGAAGAAGCAGAAUCUGAUCUUGCAAUUGAAGUACGAGGCUAGUCAUCAUGUCAGUGAUGGACCUGGUAAUGAUGAGGACGAAGAGCGGGAUGGGCUCAUGGGAGGAGGGAGGAGACAGGAUCUGGAGCAUAGUACUGGCGAGAAGAACUAUCUCUAUCUUAUAUGA